UUCUUACAGACAUUGUCUUGCUUUUGAUCUUGAGCAAAUAUCGAACUUUGCAAAUUCUUUCUGGAGUUUCUGUAUUCGCUAAUGAAUCUUCCUUCAUCUCAUCUAGUUCAGAGAUCACAUAUUGCCUAGAAAGAUUGGAAGGAGGUUGGUCCGUACUUGAUUUUGCCAGAAUUAUGCUUUCUAGCUAGUUCUUUUUGGUAAUGAUAAGAAAUGGCCUCAAAACAGGAACGAAGCGUUGUUCGUCAACGUACAAUAUACAAAUGUGAUCAAUGUGAAAAGGUUUUCCCUGCAUAUGCCAAGUUGGUUAACCACGAGAGAAUUCAUACAGGAGAAAAACCGUUUGUUUGUCGUAUAUGUUGUAGGGCUUUUACACAACAAACUCACUUAAAACGUCAUCACAAGGUCCAUGAUAAUGAACGACCUCACCAGUGUUCUUUCUGUGAUAGAGCUUUCAAGCACAAAGCACAUUUGAAAAGACACACUAAGAGUCAUCAUAGUUACAGUUAUCAGAUGAGCAAAACAAGGAAUGAUUUUCUAAACGCGGAGAUGUUGCACAACCAAUCAAAUAAUUCGUCGCAUUCCCAGACAAACGUAUAUCGAGAACCACUAGCAAGGGUUGUAGACCAUGCCCAAAACAGUCAUGAUUCUGGUAAUACAGGCGAUUCUGAAUCAUUUGAUUCUGAAAACUCGCAUUAUCAAGCAUAUGAGUUGUCGAAUACUCAAACAAGUGCAAAUAUUUAUAAAAUAUGCGGAACAGACGAGUCAGAUUUUCCUGAUCCUGAGGAUGAAUCGUUGAGUGGUGAAAAGAAUGGUGAACUCCAAACUUAUUUGGAUGAACAUGCGGAAAGCCCUUUUGCUGACAGAUUUGAUGCAACGAGAGACUCUGAUGUUCCUGAGACUGAGAGCCCGCAAGUCCAAUCAGCGGAACAACCGAGCAGUAAAACGGAGCGUCUAAACGGGCAUGUAGAGGGGAUGUACGAGUGUCAGUUGUGUGGUAAAGUGUUCAAACGCAAAUCAAAUUUGUUAGCGCACGAGAAAAACCAUGCUGAAAACAAGGUAUUCAGAUGUGACCUGUGUGGGCAAGCAUUUCCUGAAUUACAAGAACUAGCUUUUCAUCGAACUCUUUGUGAAGAAAGUUUCUACAAAUGCCAGAUUUGUGACAAAGAAUGCGGGACAAAAUUUAAAUUGAAGUGCCACGUAGAAACGCAUAACGACGAUAAACCGCACGUGUGUGACAUGUGCGGUACACGAUUCAAGCAUGCUCGUUCUUUAACCACCCAUAAAAGAAUGCAUACUGGUGAGAAUAAUUCCAGUUGCGAUGUUUGUGGAAAGGUUUUCAUAAGACCUAAUGAUUUGGUUGUCCAUAAAAGGACACAUACUGGAGAGCGGCCCUAUGAAUGUAAUAUAUGUCGUAAAGCAUUUAAACAAAAGGCACACGUUAUCAAACACAUGGAGACCGUUCACGGUAAAAUGAAGAUGAAAGCCAACACGACAAGUUCGUCCGCAGAAAUUCAUACCGCUAAACUACGAAGCCGGGCUAAAAGAAAACCAAAUAAGAUCGAAAAUGGGGCGUCAGGUCCUGACCCCAAGUUCCCUUCUAAAAAAAGCACUUCCAGUAUAAAACUGCGAAGUAGAUCUGAACGGUCUGGUGCGACUUUAUCCACCGAGGACAAGCUUGUGCAAAAUGGAACUUGUGAUGAAAAUUCAACGAUUGAUGAUGACAUGGAGCAUGUGGCAUACCCAGAAGAAACGUCUCUAAACGCACGUGGUACUCCAUCAAAAUCAAAUACCUGCGAGGCUUGCGGAAAGUCAUUCACACAAAAAAGUUACUUGGUGGUACACAGACGAAUUCACACGGGGGAGAUGCCAUAUGAUUGUAAUAUUUGCGGGCAGGCAUUCAGACAGAGAGCACAUCUGGUUAAGCAUAAAAAAUCUAUUCACAAUGUUGAUAAGUCUUCAAAGGGUCCCCUGACGACGGUCGUUCCAACCGAAGACGAUUUAUCCGACUCGAUUAAAACAGAAAAUGGGGACGAAGAGCAUAACAAUAACACGAUUAUACCAGCAGAAAAAGAAAGUCACUAUGAUAUGUUGAAAAAUGUUUCCAAGAGAAGGCCAUUUCAGUGUGAUAUCUGUCAUAAGAAGUUCAGACAAAGAGGAUAUCUGAAUGUGCAUAAGAGAAUACAUACAGGUUUGAUGCCUUUCAAAUGUAACAUUUGUAAUAGAUCGUUUAGGCAGAAAACACACGUGGUGAAACACAAGAGAACAAUUCACAAAAUUAAGAAACUGAGAACAAUCCAGCAAAUGGAAGAUCUUGACAACGAAAGUGAGUCAUCGCCGAAUGAAAGCCAAGAGAAUUCACACGAUAAAGAGGGAGAAACGUCACAGGACGAAAAAAACGAAACGUCGCACGAUGAAAACAUGAAAAAAAACACGAGCGAGAUUUUCACUAGCGAAUAUUCAAUGGUGGGUGACCAAAUUUUUGAAAGGUAUGGUACCCAAGCAUCAGGUGUUUCGAAGACCAAUGACCUCGACACUUCAGAUCAGAGCCAUUCUACAGGCAAGCUAUCGAUUGCUUCAACUAAGUGUGAUCAGAAUGAUGCUUCGUUUGACAAACCACACGCGUGUGAAAUAUGUGGCAAAUCAUUUAAACGUAAACAUUAUUUGGCAAUUCAUAAAAGGAUGCACACGGGGGAAAGGCCAUACCCUUGCACGGUUUGCUCAAAAAGCUUCAGGCAGGACUGCCACCUAAGAGUCCACAUGUCUAAAGUUCAUCCAGACGAACAUGUGGUUAUUCGGUCAAGAGAGCCAACAACCUACAAAUGCAAGAUCUGUAACCGAGUAUACAAGCGAAUGCAUCUCUUAAAACUGCAUGAAGCAACACAUGGCAGUGUUGGAGGAGUCAAAGAAUCUCGAGUUAACCAUCGUGGAAAAAAGAAACCCUUGUUUAAGGCAUCGACUGCACGAAAUCCUAAAAUCCUCCCAAUCAACCGCGACGAUCCCGACAAGCUCUUGCAUAUACGCAAAAAAACCGAGUUUCAAAGCAUGUCAUGCGACAAAGACAGGCCCUUUCAAUGCCAGUUUUGUCCAAAAGCAUUUAAAUUCAAGCAACACCUAACAUCACAUGAACGAGUGCAUACAGGAGCGAGGCCCUUCGUCUGCAAUAUAUGUAAAAGUGCUUUUAAACAAUCCAGUCACUUAACCCGCCAUAUGAAAAUGCAUGAAGUGGAAGAAAAACUUGGUAAAGAAAAGGUGCCUGCGCCUGUAUACGCCGACGAUGAUAAACCUUACAAGUGCAGAAACUGUAAAAAGAGCUUCAAAUCGAAGAAAGGACAGUUAUAUCAUAUUGCAAGAUGUAAUUCAACAGCUAAGAAUUUGAAGGCUAGAAAAGAAUUGUCACGAGUAAAGACCAAUGUUGAGAACAAUAUAAAUAGUAUUCACGAGUGUAAGGAAUGUGGCAAACGAUUUGAUCGGAAGCAAAUUCUUGUCAUUCACAAACGUGUUCACUCUGGAGCCCGUCCUUACGAAUGUGAUAUUUGUCAUAAAAGGUUUCCCAUCGCUGGAAACCUUGCGCGGCACAAGAUUAUUCACACUGGACAAAAACCUUACGUUUGUUAUAUUUGUGGUAAAGGUUGUACCCAGAAGAGUAACAUGGAAGGCCAUAUCAGAUUGGUUCAUAAAGUGAAACCAAAAAAGGAAAAAGAGCCUGGGAAUUUUAAACGUAAAGGGAACAAAAAACAGUCUCAUAACAGCGAGACUGCUACCGCCAUUGCUGAAUGCAAGAAAGAAGAAAGCAGCGAGGAAAAUGUUGGAACUGGAACACGUAGAAAUAAUUACAACGACAUGGCUUCAGUGAAUAGAGAUCCGGAACGAGAAACCAGCGUUAAAGAAGAAACAAAAGAUGUUGAAGAUGAAAUUUAUCGGUGUUGCGAGUGUGGUAGGGGAUUUGAGGAAGAGAGCAGUAUGAUGGACCAUUGCAUGGAGGCUCAUUAAUCAUGCACGUAUAGGUUUUUUAAUACGCGUAUUUAACUGUGGAUUAGGGCAGAUUGGCAGGUGAUUUAUCUUGAAAACUCUAGUUAAACGACAAAUAUUACCAAUUAGACGACUAUAUUUCAACAUUGGUUGUCUAAAUGAAGAAAAGGUAAAACAAACUGUUUUCCAAUAUACGUAUAUUUUGAUAAAUUACGCCACAGUGCUAAAUUCAUCCACAUGUCUUUGAGUUCUCUGCAAUAUUGCCAAUAUUUUGCUACUUAUAGAAUAAUACUGCAACAAUCAUUUAUGUAAAUAGCUAUCGGUUUUGUCAAUUGUGUUUAGGAAGCAUAUUUGCGUCUUAAGUGGCAAAAAUUUCAAGCUUUGAAAUAGCGUCUCAAAUCGGACAUUUUCAUAUCUGGCUGCAUUAGCGUAACUAGGAACGAUAAUUGAGGGAAGCAUUUAUGUGCACUUCAUAUGAGCAUGUAACAAGUCGGUCUGGAUUUCUUUCGAAGAUUUUCUGCAACGAAAGCUUUUUAUUGCCAAAAAAUGUCCAAAAAAGUUAGAUUUUACAACUCCGUCCUAUAUGAAACUUAAUAUAAUGUUUAGACAUUUUGUCCAGCGAACAAAAGCUUGAAAUGUGUGUCACUGUUUUUGAUGAUUUUUAACGAGAUAUCAUUUUUUAGUAAGGGUGAUAAUUCGUUGAAAAGCAUGACGUUUUAAUAGAAAUUAUUCACAGUAGGUUGUAAUAAUGCAAUACAUAACAAUGUAUAUACACUGUAGUUAGGUAUGUUGCUUGUAAAUAUUUCAUAAAUUAAGUAAGUGUACGCGGCAGCGAAAGCCUGGUCUGCACUUGUCUUAAAGCAGGGUUCACAUAUCACUGCGGACCUGUUUGCGUUUUCUUCUUAUCUGUUGAUGGAUAAAUUCGUAAAAAAUUAUCCGGCAACACUACCGACAACAGGUUAGCAGCUCAUGCACCACUGUCAUAUGCGAACCAGGUAUAAAAGAACCACGCCGCAAACUCCUUCACCUAGUAAGCGCACACAUGUCCUUCGUGACAAUUAUCAUUUGCAUGCAUGUAAAUGUCUCAUUUGCGGUUUUAAUUUCAGACUUUUAUCAUCAGAAUUUUUAAGACGAAAUUCUUAGGGAAUUGGGAAACAAUUCAGCGAGUAAAGACCAGGCUUUUACUGUGAAUAGCUAGUUUAGUAAGCAAUACGUAAGUUAUCUGUGCGUGUGAAUAUAAUGUAUGAGAUUUUCUCUUGCCUCCUUCC